CCAAGUUGUCUCCCAGUGCUCAAGUGGUUCUUCAGCCUUCGGUCCAACAACAAACUCUACGUCUCCUCUACCAUGGUCAAGUCGGACGUGUAUAGCUCCCCUAUCGUCUUCUCCCAGCUGGACCUGCGGGUUGGCAAGAUCACCGAGGUGAAAGCGCACCCGAACUCGGAACGCCACUACAUUGAGACGGUGGACAUCGGCAAGGGUGAGGAGCUCGAGAUGGUCAUGGAACACCAGCCGUACUUCGCCGAGGAGGAGCUUGUAGACCGAAAGGUUGUGGUACUCUGCAAUCUCAAGAUGGUCAAGGUGGUGCGGACACGCUCCACGGGCGCCAUCCUGCUGGUGGCUAACGACAAGGGCAAGGUCGAACUGCUGGACCCAAGCCCGGAGGCUGAGAUAGGCGAGCGUGUUUACGCUAGCGGUGAGGAGUUGCAGGAUCCCGUGACGCCCAUCCAGAUGAAGAAGAACAAGGUAUGGGAGGCGCUGUGCAAGGACAUCAAAACCAACAACAAGUGCGAGAUCACGUAUUUGGACCGAUACCCGGUGCGUUCACGGGCGGGCCCCGUGCGUGUCGAGUCGCUUAAGAAGGUUUUCGUAACAAAGUAA